CAUGUCACGACGGUGUCGUCGAAGAGCUUUGUGAACGUCAAACCAAAAAAUAGAGUCAACGAAAUACUGGGACGGCUUUUAGAUAAUCCGUGAUCAUCGAUCGAACUGAGUUUUUCCUUACAGAAUAAAGUGGAAGUCUCCGAUGUCAUCAACUGCACCGACUACCCAUUCAUGGGAAGCACAAAAAGAAAAUGCAGCGCCACUCGAAAGAGGGCGAAAUGUUUCCUCUUUUGGUCUUCGACAGUCUGUCACAGACAAACAAGACUUGCAGGAAAAGCUUCAAAACUACGAGUCGCUUGUCCGUCCGUCGGAAGAUCCAAAAGUCAAAGAAAUGGACGAUGACCCUCUUUCGCACUGGCUGUCGUACAUCAAGUUUUAUCAAAACAGUUUCCCCUCGGAUACCCGUGAAAAUUUCCUCAUCAUUGAGCGUUGCGUGCGAGCUCUGGUCAAAAUGAAAAAAUACAGGAAUGAUGAUCGAUUCGUGAGCGUAUGCGCAAAGUAUGCCGAUAAGACGAAGGAUCCCGGGCAAGUUUUCAAAUAUCUUCACCAACAAAAAGUUGGAGCUCAGAUUGCUCUUUUUUGGAUUGCUUGGGCAUUUGUUGCAGAAAAGGACAGUGAUUUCCCAUUUGCUGAACAAAUAUUUAAGAAAGGGAUCAGCAAAAGUGCUGAACCUCUUCAAAUGCUGAAACUUCGUCACAAACAAUUCCAGCGGCGAAUGAGUCGGCACUGGUUGAACUCUUCCAAGACAAACGAUCAACUCAACGACGAGUAUGACAGUGGAGAACAAAAUAGACCGUCGAGAUCAACACUUGGAGGUAUUCCUCGCGAUCGACUGCGUCGUAAUGAUAGAUCGCAGAGAAGGGUUCAGCAUGGAACUAGUGAAAAUACGCUCACGCGAAGACCAAAUGGCACCAUGCGUCCAGGAAAUAACAAAAAUAGCAAUACCGUCUGCAACAAAGGUGGCUUCAGUAUAUUUGUCGAGGAAGAAGGCGAAAACGCCUAUAAUUUGGACCAGGACUUGACCGAGAACAAGAGAGGUACUAUUGCUCGAGAUUCAGAUCGCAGGAAAGAAAAUACGCUUGCAGCAGAGCGAUGGAACAAACGAGGUGGAAUACAACCUACUUACGCGAAGACUUCUGCUGCACCGUCACAGAGUAAAGGGCCAAUGCCAGCUUUUUCUGUCUUUGUCGACGAGGAGUGUGCCCAAGAGAAUGACAGGCAAGAAAAAGAGCAAGAAAAGCAAAUUGAUCUUCAUAGACAAGUGCGAGAUGACAGAACUUUCAAGGAGCGGCAUAGUGAGGGAAUGGUAAGUAGAUCGAGGCGAGGAAAAUCCUAUACUAUCAUGAUUUUUUAAAUGGCAAAACAGUUGAACUAAUGGCAAAUUUGAAUUCUCAAACUUAAAACAGGCCGAGAAAUUGUUCAGAGAUCCAGUUCGAUACAUGAAAAAUCCAAAUCAACUUCAGUCAGAAAACUUAGAACUACAAAAACUACCCGAGAACCAGAAAGUAGAUAAGCUAAAAAUCGAACGAAAGAAUCGUGCAGGUUUCAACAAACGUCUUCUCAAGACCGAAAAUGGGAAGGAACAAUGCUUUGAGGAGGCUCGAGCUAAAGCUGGUGGCUACACUCUCCAAUCGGAUUCAUCAAACAAUUUCAAUCUGCUCCAAAAUACGAGUAAGGCAGAUCAGAGCUCGCAAAUGGAUCUAGAUGAUGGGGAAGCAAUCAUUGACGUUUCGAUGUCAGAAUUUUUGUCUAGAUCUAUGCAGUGCACCACAGAUAGAAAGAUAAUCAUUCCGAACGAGAGACUUGAAUCUGAUACUGAAGGAAAGAGGCUAUUCGGCCAUGCGGAUGAAAGUUUUGGAGCUGGCCUUAAUCAAACUGCUAUUUCGCACGCAAGCUCGACAGUAAAUGAAAUUGAUAUUGUAGGGGUAGGCUUACAUGGAAAGCAGGAGGAAGAAACGAUCAAUACAAAAUUUGCCAUGAGAGAGCUAAGUAUGAUGUUUUCAAGUCCCGCUUUCGGGGUUGGUAGCGAGCGCAGACUAGUCGAUCAUUCCCAUGCGUCCAAGAUCGAUGAAUUGGCAACUUACGAAGGUCAGCCUGACGAAUCAUUCGGAAAUGUAGGAGAUGAAAUACGGCUCGAUAACUCUAUUUGCAACAGUGGAAGGGAAGGAAUUUGUGGAAAAGAUAGGAACAAUAAUGACAAAUCAGGGUUUGUUAUAUUCCAAGAUGAGAACGCUUGCGAUUCGAAUAAGGUUCAAAUAUCUGGUGGCUUUCAAAUAUACGACGAGGGAAACGAAGACCCUACACGUCGUGAAACUAAUCAGACAACAGGAGAAAACAAUGAGUUACGCGCUGGAUUUCAAAUUUAUGUCGAAGGAAAUGAAAAUGGAAUUGGCCGCAGAUCAGCAGAAAAAUCAAGAGAGAACACCCAUUCUGGUAUCGGAUUUCAGAUUUAUGAGGAGGAAUAUCAAGAAGAGAACAUAGAUGAAAAUAAGCUUGAAAGCGGAGACACCGCAAGUAUUUCUGACGCCAUCGCGUUGCUAGAUGGUAAGAUCGAGCCCGAUGGUGAAGCUUCUCUUAGCUCUUCAGAAGAAAAUAAAAAAAAUCUUAAUGGAGGGGAAGAUACAGCUGAUCUGUCCCUAUUUAAUGAAAUUUUCCAGGAAAAAUCGAGGGACGAGGAAAAAAACAAUGGGUGUCAAAUGAAAAGGUUCAAAGUAGCUGCUUCAUCCGAGUUGCAUACCGGUGACGAAGGUGGGCACAAUUCUGUAAGAUAAUCACAAUUUAUGCCAUAAAAAUCAAUUCUUUCCACGUAUAAAUUUCUCAAUAGCGCUACAUUCGAUCCAUAUUUAUAUGUCAUUACAGGGAGUGACUUCUGCACAACAAAGUUUGAGCCAAACCAACGAUGAUGUUCAGUGUACAAAUAAACAUUUAAAAAGAACAUUAGAUAUGAUGGAAAGAAACGACAUAAAUUAUGAUGAGUACAUUACUCAGAACAUCAAAACUGCUUUGAGCAAUUUGCAAAGAAAUCCUGAAAAUCCCAAUCCAAAGGCUACUCUUUUCUCGCUAUUGACUUCCGACGGCAAAGCAUUUCACCUUCCGGCUACAGCUUUACCCAAACAAUUACGCCGAAGACACAUUGUUUCCAAUACAAAAGUAAUGGCGGGGGAACUCGGUGGGUUUGUCUUGAGGAAAGAAUUAGGGAGGGGUGCUUACGGGCGAGUAAUUCUAAUGAAUACACACAACUCUUGGCAUCACAGCAAUAUUGCUGUAAAAGUGCAAUCGCCAACUGGAUCACUCGCUUGGGAAUAUACGGUGCUUCGACGCCUGAAAAGUCGUCUAUUGCAGGAUGAAAGAAAAGAUGUUGAUUAUCCUUACCCUGAGCCAAUCAGUUUUAUCUCGCUUGCAGAUGGAGGAUUAGUGAGUAUGUCAGCAGCAUCCGAAACAGGCUUGAACUUAGUAGAUUUAUCAAAUUUCUACAAAUUGAAACUCGGAAAGUCAGUCCCAGAACUUAUUGCUUUGCAUUACACGUCAAUUGGAAUGAGAAUAAUUGAGCAACUUCACUGGCAUGGAAAAAUAUUGGUAAGUUCUUUUAAUUAAUUUUGUCAUUUUAUACUACUUCAUUGUACUGUUCUAAUCUUCUUCUUUGUCCUGUUUCUUAGCAUUGUGAUGUUAAACCAGAUAAUUUUGUGCUGUCCUCAAACAAACUCUCCGGCGCAACCUGUCCAAUAGUAGAGUUCUCCAACCUCACCUUAGUUGAUUUCGGAAAUGCAGUCGAUCUCAGGGGAAACACUCAUUAUACUGCAGAAGAUACCCAAAAUACAUUAUUAUACGGAAACACAUCUAAAAUAGAUAUGCAGUGCAUCGCUAUGAGAAACCGUCAGAGUUGGUCUUACGAUGCCGAUACAUUUGGUAUUCUAUGCUGUGCUCAUGUCCUUCUGUAUGGAACGCACCUAAAGAUAAAAAAGUCGAAAAAUAACGAAUGGCAACCGUUGACUUCAUUCAAGAGAUACUGGAAUCGAGACCUCUGGCAAGAAAUCUUUGACACUCUACUUAAUCUCGAUGAAGUCUCAGGAACCGCUAUUGGUUCGAGAGCAUCCAGUUUGCGAGGGUUGAGGAGGAAGAUUGACACGUAUCUAGAGUCGAAUAGCAAAGAGCUGUAUCACUUGUUGUGUCGACAGGCCAACAUCAUCCCAGAUAGUAGGGAAAAGAUACGAUAAAAAAUCCUUGCGAAAAAAAUGAAGGUAGCAAUCAACUACUUGUUGCUUCGCAAAGGAGAUCGUAACAGCUUUAUUGCUGUUCUUGAGUUGGCAAAGGUCUCCCUUUGCACUAGUACCAGAACUCAACGCUUCAUGCCUCGGCAGUUAUUAAAGAUGAUAUACAUCAAGCACUGUCGAAUUGAAAAGGCAGGGCAACAGAGAACUCAAGAAAUUUCUAUAUACUAUUCCGCCUUACCAGAUACUCCAUCGAUUUUGAAACAUAUUAUGAUGCUGAUUUCCGUUCACAAAACAUAAGGAAUGUUUGAUUCCAUGAAGAAAACUUUGCUGACGUAGUGGAUUCAAUUAAUGUAACUUUCUAGA